CCGCCGGAUGAGACGGUGACCUCUCGCUCGCUGCUGGCACGGACUGACGGGCGCGGCUGGGGGAGGGAACCGAGGAGAAGGGCAGGCAGGCAGCAACUGAAAGGUCCUCAAAAGCUCUGCGCUGCGCUGCAGUCCGCAGCUUUCUCGGGCCAAAGAAAAGCCGAAACAAGCAAGCUACUCGAGGAGAGAGACAAGGCAUCGGAGAUGGCGAAGGCGAGAAGGUGAGCAAGCCGCUGUCGCUGGUGAGAGCGUGCUCGCGGCAGCACGGUAUGGGCUCGAAGCGUAGGGAGCAGCAGCGGCAGUAGCGACCACUUCUCGGUCCUCGCAUGCUCCUCUCCUCGUCUCUGUAGUUAAGGCUCGGUUUCGUGGCGUUCGCUUGCAACCUAGUAUUGCUGCAGUGUCACCUGCGUGCCUUUGUGGCUGCUGCCCUGGUGUGCUCUGCCGGUGCCAUGACGGAUGGGCGCGAUCAGCUGCAGCAGCUGGAUUUGAUCAUGCGCCACCAGAGCAUGGCUAACAUCUGCGAGAGCGAGCAUGCGCUGGGGUCAUCGGAGUCGGAGCCCGCAAGGCCGGCGCGGCCGCGCGGCAAGAGGAGCCGCGCCGCCGAGGUGCACAACCUGUCGGAGAAGGUGGAGGAGGAGGAGCAGGAUCAACGAGAAGAUGAAGGCGCUGCAGAACCUCAUACCCAACUCUAGCAAGACGGACAAGGCCUCCAUGCUUGAUGAUGCCAUUGAAUACCUGAAGCAGCUUCAGCUCCAAGUGCAGAUGUUGUCUAUGAGGAAUGGCCUCUAUCUGCCCCCAGCGAACUUAUCUGGAGCACCUGAGCCUCUGGCACCUUCAGAAAUGUGUGCCACACAACUUCAAAGUGGUGUCAAGGCAUCAAAUUCUGGGGUUGUUCUGCUGCCGGCGAACCAAAUUUCUGCAGCUCAUCAUUCAUUUGAUCCACCAAAUCAUGACCAAAGGCAAAAUAAACCACUUUUCUUACCAAGUGUUCCUAAUGCAACCACUGUAGAGCCUCAGUUUCUUCAAGAGUCAUCACAGUCCAACCUUCAAUCCUCUCAGUCGACUUUACCCCCUGAGAUGAUCUUCCAGCAGGAUAUGAUGUUAAACCAUCGCCUAACUUCAGCUCAAGAAACCCCAUCUGUGCCAGGGUAUAAGGUGAAGUCUGUUAGACAGGAAACGUCCAUAGUGAAUGCUGAUCAUUUUGAUAGAAUAUCGCUCAGGAAAGAACAAUCACAAGACAUGCCAAAAAACACUGAAAGUGUACUAUCUAUGCCGUACUUGCAUUGCUUGCAAAGUGGUGACCGUGAAGCAGGCCUGAGGGCAGGAUCAAAGUUACUUCCAUGAACAAAUUGACAGCCGGGAUUUCUGAAUGAUUUGUCCAUUGGAAUGCUUCAUUUGGCAGGAUAAAACAAGGCUGCAAUACUAGAAGAAAGUACCUGUAAUAAUCAGAUGCACAUUGUCUAAAAAUUAGCAGCUAAUUUAGACUCUACUCUGACUUGAAACUGGUCUGUAAAGCAGCUGCCCAAUCUAUCUGCUGCCGGCAACAGCAAAUAUAUCCGCUGUUGAGAGAAUGGGUGUGAUCGUGUAUAUAAACUAUUGGGGCUAUACGGCGACACAAUGCUUGUCCUACAUUGUAAGUCGUAAUGCCGCCGGCACUGUCACUGAUGUAACAGCUAAUUUAGACUACUCUGACUUGAAA